ACUGCAUUCUUAUUUAUCUUCAAUCUCAGUGUUUUCCUUUAUUUGCAAAGCAAUGUUCCAUUUUAUGCCCAUUACACUUUUAGAGUGUCCUUCUUACCUCACCUUUUCAUGGAAUAACCUGUGCUGCAUCUCUUCCUGAGGUAGCAAAAUGUAGCAGGCAGAGGAAGAGACGAGACUUGAAACACUGGAGAGAGGGGGGUGAGCGAGCAGGAGACAGUCUCUCCCUCUCUAUUGUGUGUGUGUGUGUGUGUGUGUGUGUGUGUGUGUGUGUGUGAGAGUGAGAGAGUGAGAGAGUGAGAGAGAGAGAGAGAGAUCUGUGCUAUGGAAACAAGUGUCUAACUGCACAUACAGAGCGAGAAUGGGAGCAGAGAGCGUGUGGAGAGGCAGUGCAGAGGAACAGCUUUCAGCAGCUCAGACAUCAGAGGAUGCUGACAGACAGCAUCUGAUGCUUCACAGCUGCUGAUGAGCAAGAGGAGACAGAAAAUACAAGAUUGUCACACUCCAGAAGACCGGCAGAGAGAGAAGAUCGCAUCUUCAGCCCACCUUCAUCAUCACUGUGAUUGGAAUGGGAGGAGAGGACCAUUUCUGCAGCUACAGACAGACGGGCACAGAAAAUGGGAGCAUAAUGUAUCCUGAGGAGAACCUUCUGCAUGAACAUUAUGGUUUUGCUGCACUCUGCAACGACUGUGAGACUCUAUCAACCUGACAACACGAGCCCAGGAGCCAGUUACCACCAUCUAUAAGUGAAAACUCAACAUAAUUUGAUCUGCCAGGACUGACGGAGUAUUUUGAAUGUUCUUUGUUUCCAAAUUGACCUGCCUUGCUUUUGAUCAUAUCAACUGUAAGUACCAUAGUCUACAACAAAUGGACGCAAGGAAGUAUGCCUAUGCAUGCAUGAAAACAGAAUUUCUGUUGCUAAAUGCAAAAGAAUGACCAAGGUUGUCUGGACUUCACAAUAAGAAAAAUUGCUGACAAGCAAAAACACAAGAGAUGCAGGAAAAUCACAGAGAUCUGGACUGUGAGAGGAGGGAACAAUAGAUAUUUUCUACUUUUUUGGAUGAUGGUAUUUACGAACACAAAUAAGAACACAUAUAUAUAUAUCUACAUGUAUACAAAACAUGUGGUCUUUCGUGGAUAAAUGAAUGGUAAAAUGUAUACCACUGCAGCACUCCCUGUGAGAAUAUCACUAUCAGAUUUUUUUGUCAUGAUGUCAUAGUUAGCAUUCAAAGAAAUAAAGCACACAUGAAGUCAUUCAGGAAUGUUGGCGCACGUGAACAUUUUUAGCAAACUCACGGUCAUUUUGUAUUCCCAGUGUGUUUUCAUAAAUGUAGUCACCUGAAACAGUUGGGCUCAUGGAAAAUGGUCAUUAAAGGUUGCUAAACAGAUUUCUUCAAAAUAACAAGGACACUGCAUUGUUAGUUAAAAAAAAAUCCUUUUCCAUAUCGCACAACUUAGUAUUGAUCAAAGUUUUGUUGUUUGGCUCUCUAUCGUUCUGUUUGCACCACUGAACCUUAAAGUUGGUGUCAAAUACUCACCAAAAGAGACAAUGGAUUUUAAUGGGAGCCAGGACUAUGGAUCCUAUCCAAUAGGGCUACCCUAUAACACAAGCAUGGACUAUGAGGAAGACUACUACCAAGAGCCUGAUGCCAGUAAAAUCAUCAUCCCGUCCAUAUAUGCUCUGGUCUGCUGUGUAGGUCUUACUGGCAAUGCCAUGGUCAUCUAUGUUAUUCUGAAAUAUGCCAAAAUGAAAACAGCCACAAACAUUUACAUCCUCAACUUAGCUAUUGCCGAUGAGUUGUUCAUGUUGAGUGUCCCUUUUCUAGCCACUUCAGCAGCUGUUCGCCAUUGGCCCUUUGGAUCACUGAUGUGUAGACUGGUGCUAAGCGUGGAUGGUAUCAAUAUGUUUACGUCUAUCUUCUGCUUAACUGUGCUGAGUAUUGACCGUUACGUAGCAGUGGUCCACCCAAUCAAGGCUGCCCGCUACCGCAGACCCACUGUGGCCAAAGUAGUCAAUGUGUGUGUCUGGGGGCUUUCGCUCAUCGUCAUCUUGCCCAUCAUUAUCUUUGCAGACACCGUCCCUGCGCAGGACGGUGGGAUGGACUGCAACUUCUUGUGGCCUGAAGCGGUGUGGUCAGAAGCAUUUGUGGUCUACACCUUUCUGCUGGGGUUCCUACUGCCAGUUGGAGCCAUCUGCUUAUGCUACUGUCUUAUGGUGGCCAGAAUGCGAGCAGUGGGGCUAAAAGCUGGGUGGCUUCAACGAAGGCGCUCCGAGAAGAAGAUCACCCGUAUGGUGCUGCUGGUCGUGGCAGUAUUUGUUGUUUGUUGGAUGCCUUUCUACAUUGUCCAGCUGGUCAGUGUUUUCCACCGGCCCCCAGAUCCCAUGGUCACUCAGCUUUUCGUCAUCCUAAGCUAUGCCAACAGUGGUGCCAAUCCUAUUCUGUACGGCUUUGUGUCAGACAAUUUCCGACGUUCAUUCCAGCGAAUUGUGUGUUUUCGGUGGCUGGAGUCUGGACUGGAUGCAGAGCAGGUGGAUUACUGUGCUGUAGCUUUGAAGAGACAAGCAACAUGUAAUCCUCUGGAUUUUCCAAAAGACUGUAUGGCUUCUGAUAUGGUGUUCCGCAAUGGGACAUAUACCUCCCGCACAACCACAGUGUAACAUUCAAUCAGAAACUGGAAUAUAAAGGAGAAACUGCCAUCCUAAAGAACAAUUUCACAGCCUUGGAGUUGCACAGAGUAAGCUAAUAAUGAACCUAUUUAUUUUUAAUUGACACACGUGAUAAAAAAAAAAACUCAGCUAUGAGAUCUUGAUUAGAUUAUCAUUCCAUGUGAUAUGCCCUGGAGUACACAAGUGUGCCAUCAAUAGACUGACAUAAGAAUGUGUAAACCCUUGAUAUCAGAUGUCAUAAAAGAUUUUGGACCUUAAAAUCCCAGGCCACACAGCAGAUGAACCCUGAGGAAAACUAAUGGUUUAGUAACAAAUGGAGAUUUGCAGCAGUUCGUCCUGUUUGCUGCCAUAUUUGAAGAAAAAUGAUAUAUGUAUAUAGCUUGUAAGGACCUCACCAGGCUUCAAAACCUAGUGUGAAUUCAAACAAAAAAUGAGAAAUGUAAUUGUAUUAACAUUUUGAUUUUGAAACACACUGAGGAAUCAGUGAGAUAAUCACAAAUGUGGGAUGCCGUGUUCAUUUAUUACUUGAUAUUCUACAAAAUAGUGUCCAGGGGCAACCCCAUAAUCCAUAUUUUCUACAGUUCACAGAUGUGUUUCAAGAGUUUAAAUUUAGAUUGAGAUAUUAUUACUACUUUAAGUUGCAGUUCUUGUUAAGUACUUCUGUUUCCAAUUUUUGUCUCUCAUUGUGUUAUUGUGAAACCCCAAGAUAAUUUAGAUCUGUUUCCAAACACAUUUCUGUGUUGAAUUUAAAAAGUAGGGAAAUGUAGCCUUCAAAUUUCAGCAUUAUUUAUCAUACAUGUCCUUGCAAACCGAGAUGAUUGCCAAUGUUCAUAACUGUAACUGUGGUUUAGAUCAGACCAACCAAAAGCUUCAAUUUCUGUUGCACAGAAGAUUUUUAUUGUAUGCCUCCAACACAUUACAUAAAUGAUUGUAGUAUAUUUAAAUGUUUAAACUUAAACCUAAUUGAUCUAAUUUAUUUUAUAUACAGUUAUUCUGCAGAUUUGUACAAACUAUACAUAAAUUUAAGUUAAAAUUUCAUAGUUUGUUGAUAUGCUACUUUUGCAUUUCAGGAAUUAAAAAAAACUGUUAUGUGGGGUCUUAAACAAUGUAUAUUGACCCUGGAUAUCAUAUAGACAAUAGAAAGAAUACUAUAUUAAUGUUUGUCAUUUUCUUAAGACUUUGAAAUGAUGUUUAAUUGUUUUUGUGUCAGUUUUGUAUUUGUUGUAUCUGUGGUUGUUCAUUAUAUGUUGGUGGGUCUCUUAGAAUUGGACGUUUUGCAUUAUGAGACAGAGUUGUUCUGCUUUAGGUGUUCAACAUGACAGAAAUGGUUAAAAAAAAUGUGUAUGAUGAGUUCAUGUUUCCAAAUUACAAAUGUUCACAAGUUAUUUUUUUUACUUGUUUUGUCACUUUGUUAGUUGCAUUCUGUUGUAAAGUUUCAUUAGAAAAAAACACCCUAUUGAGCUUGGAGUGCCUUUACCAGUGUCAAAGAUAAACAGCAUAUAUGUAGGUGCAUUUCAUAUUCUAAAGUAAUUUAUUGUGGAAAAAUUACACAAGAGGGUAUAAGUAUAGUGUCAGUGUCAAAAGAGAAAAAAAAUACAAAAACAACUGGAAUUGAUAUUAUUCUAAGAAUACGUAUUUGAUAUAGUAUUUGUGUACAAUACUCGUCUAAAGUUUGGACACAUCUUCUCAUUCAAUGGCUUUUAUUUAAUUAUUUUCUAUAUUUUACAUUAAUACUGAAGACAUCAAAACUAUAAAAGAAUACAUAUGGAAUUGUGUUGUAAACAAAAAGAAUGAUAAUCUUCAGUAUUAAUCUACAAUGUAGAAAAUAAUAUGACUCAAUAAAAAGUAUUGAAUGAGAAGGUGUAUCCAAACGUUUGACUGGUAGGGCAUGAAAUUAGUUUAAAAAAAAAAAGAAUGGUAUUGUAUGAAUAUGUCGAUCUCUCCUAGGUAAAUUAAAGACUUUUCAUUGCCAUGAAA